AUUUAAAUUUGUAGUCCUCCCGAUGAAUGUUACAAGCUGAUUUACACCAAAAUUAAUACACAGCGUUUACAAGCAAAGAUGAGUCCAUCUGUCGCGUGCUGGGGAUGUUACUAAUACAGCUGCCGGUGAUGUAAUGCUAUUGGCUACUGGCACGCUAGAGGAGAAGAUGGUAGAUUUGGAAAACGAGGUACCCCCUCUUCCACCCAGAUAUAGAUUUCGGGAUCUGCUACUUGGAGACCAGGGCUGGCAGAAUGACGACAGGGUGCAGAUUGAAUUCUACGUAAAUGAAAACACAUUCAAAGAGAGACUUAAACUAUUUUUCAUCAAAAAUCAAAGAUCAAGCCUUAGAAUCCGGUUAUUUCACUUUUCUCUCAAGCUACUAAGCUGCUUUUUGUACAUAUGCCGUGUCUUACUGGACGACCCCACAGAAGGAAAUGGAUGCAUGGGAGACUGUGGACGGUACACUGAUGUACUCUGGGGGUGUUCCAAUCAGACCUAUACAUUAUUAGGCAUUGAUUGGUCUCCGAUCAUUUGGGUAAGAAGAAGUCUUCCUCUAUGGGGAUUACAGGUUGCAGUAGCCUUGAUAAGUCUCUUUGAAACAAUGCUGUUGACUUAUCUCAGUUACAAGGGCAAUAUCUGGGACCAAAUACUCCGGGUACCUUUCAUUCUGGAGAUGAUUAAUACAGUACCAUUCUUUAUUACGAUCUUUUGGAUUCCCUUGAGAAACCUCUUCAUUCCCGUGUUUCUUAACUGCUGGCUAGCUAAGCAUGCCCUGGAAAACAUGAUUAAUGAUCUUCACAGAGCCAUUCAACGAACACAAUCUGCUAUGUUUAAUCAGGUCCUUAUACUGAUAUCUACACUGCUGUGUCUCAUCUUCACCUGCAUAUGUGGGAUUCAACAUUUAGAGCGGGCAGGAAACAAGUUGACAUUAUUUGACUCUUUGUACUUCUGCAUUGUGACAUUCUCCACAGUGGGGUUUGGCGAUGUCACUCCAAAUAUCUGGCCUUCAAAACUGUUAGUUGUUAUUAUGAUCUGUGUUGCCCUCGUCGUACUGCCAAUUCAGUUUGAACAGCUUGCUUAUUUAUGGAUGGAAAGACAAAAAUCUGGUGGAAACUAUAGCCGUCACCGAGCACAAACAGAAAAACACAUUGUGUUGUGUGUUAGCUCCCUGAAGAUUGAUUUAUUAAUGGACUUUCUGAAUGAAUUCUAUGCCCAUCCUAGAUUACAGGACUAUUAUGUAGUAAUACUUUGCCCAACUGAAAUGGAUGUUCAAGUCCGGAGGGUUUUGCAGAUUCCCAUGUGGUCCCAAAGAGUUAUUUAUCUCCAAGGAUCAGCACUGAAAGACCAAGACUUACUAAGAGCAAAAAUGGACAAUGCAGAGGCUUGUUUUAUUUUAAGUUGUCGAUGUGAAGUUGAUCGGACUGCUGCUGAUCACCAAACAAUUUUAAGAGCCUGGGCUGUUAAGGAUUUUGCUCCAAACUGUCCUUUGUAUGUUCAGAUUUUGAAGCCAGAGAAUAAAUUUCAUGUGAAAUUUGCAGAUCAUGUUGUCUGUGAAGAGGAAUUCAAGUAUGCCAUGCUGGCACUGAAUUGUAUUUGCCCAGCAACAUCCACCUUGAUUACCCUUCUUGUUCACUCUUCUAGAGGACAAGAAGGCCAGCAAUCACCAGAGCAGUGGCAGAAGAUGUACGGCAAAUGCUCAGGGAAUGAGGUCUACCACAUUGUAUUGGAACAGAGCAUCUUUUUCUCAGAAUAUGAGGGAAAGAGCUUUACAUAUGCCUCUUUCCAUGCACACAAGAAGUAUGGCGUGUGUUUAAUUGGUGUGCGAAGAGAAGAUAAUAAGAACAUCUGGUUAAAUCCAGGACCUCAAUACAUAAUGAGUUCCAACGACACAUGCUUUUACAUUAACAUCACCAAGGAGGAAAACUCAACUUUUAAAAAUCAACAAGAGGAAAUGAAAAACAAGUCAUUAAGAUCAGGGUAUCAUGGGCCUUCUAGACUACCUGUACACAGUAUUAUUGCUAGCAUGGGCACAGUUGCAAUAGAUCUACAAGACACAGGAUGCAGAUCCUCCACAGGCCCAAACCUGUCUCUUCCUGCUGAAGGAUCUAAAGGGAACAGGAGGCCCAGCAUUGCUCCUGUGUUAGAAGUAGCAGAUUCAUCAUUCAUUCAGACAUGUGACCUACUCGGUGAUCAGUCAGAAGACGAAGUAAUCCUUUCUGACUGUGAAGGAUCACUAGAGGAGUAUAUCAAAGGAUAUCCUCCAAAUUCACCUUAUAUUGGGAGCUCUCCAACAUUUUGUCACCUUGUUCAAGAAAAGGUGCCAUUUUGUUGCUUGAGGCUUGAUAAGGGGUGCCAACAUAACUAUUAUGAAGACGCCAAAGCAUAUGGCUUUAAAAAUAAACUGAUUAUAGUUUCUGCUGAGACUGCUGGUAAUGGAUUGUACAACUUCAUUGUUCCCCUAAGGGCUUAUUACAGACCAAAGAAAGAGCUUAAUCCUAUUGUUGUGCUCUUGGAUAACCCGCCAGAUACACAUUUUCUUGAAGCAAUCUGUUGGUUUCCAAUGGUUUACUACAUGGUUGGCUCAAUUGAUAAUCUAGAUGAUUUGCUUCGUUGUGGAGUUUCUUUUGCUGCCAACAUGGUAGUGGUGGAUAAGGAGAGCACCAUGAGUGCAGAGGAAGAUUACAUGGCUGAUGCUAAAACCAUUGUGAAUGUUCAGACACUGUUCAGGCUGUUUUCAAGUCUAGGUAUUAUCACAGAAUUGACUCAUCCUGCAAACAUGAGAUUUAUGCAAUUCCGAGCCAAAGACUGUUACUCCUUGGCCCUUUCUAAACUUGAAAAGAAAGAACGUGAGAAAGGUUCCAAUUUGGCAUUUAUGUUCCGUUUGCCAUUUGCUGCUGGAAGAGUAUUCAGCAUUAGCAUGCUGGAUACACUCCUGUACCAGUCUUUUGUGAAGGAAUAUAUGAUAUCCAUAGCAAGGCUUCUUCUAGGUUUGGAUACGACACCAGGGUCUGGAUUUCUGUGUGCUAUGAAAAUCACAGAAGAUGAUUUAUGGAUCAGGACAUAUGGAAGACUUUAUCAAAAGCUCUGCUCCUCUGCAGGAGAUAUUCCUAUUGGGGUCUACAGAACUGAAUCACAAAACUUACCAGCAUCGGAGUCCAAUGAAUUGGCCUCACAGUCCCAGAUUUCAGUUAAUGUUGAAGAUUGUGAAGACACGAAAGACCCAAAAGACCAUUUCAUUUAUCGGAACAACCACCGCAACUCAACAUCCAGUGACCAAUCUGAUCGGCCGCUACUUCGAAAGAAAAGCAUGCAAUGGGCAAGGCGUCUGAGCAGAAAGGUGCCAAGACAUGUCAACAAAACUGCCGAAAAAAUCAGCCAGCAGAGAAUGAACCUGUGCAGAAGAUCGGAGAGACAAGAACUGGCUGCACUGGUGAAAAACAGGAUGAAGAAUCUUGGUCUCUCGACAGCUGGUUACGAUGAAAUGAAUGAUCAACAGAGCACACUUUCAUAUGUUUUAAUCAAUCCAUCCCCGGACACAAGAUUGGAGCUGAAUGAUAUUGUCUAUCUAAUCCGACCUGACCCACUGACCUAUGUUCAAAAGAAUUCAACUAACAGAAAAAGCAGUGUUGGGAAUAACACAGGAGGUGGACAGGAUACAAAAGAUGAAACUCAGCUCUGACUUGUUCAUCUCACAACUAAAUGAAUUGCCUUACAGUGUUCAGAACCGGAUCAUAACAAUAAAAUAAUAAUAUAUAACGACUUUACAAUUCAUGAAACAGCAUUUUUACAAGGUUGUAAAGUAUCAUCAAUCUGCAUUCUGUCAACAUCCCUUCUGACUAGAAGUGUGAUACAUUUAAAUAAAAUAUAGCCAAGUUUUCAACAGAAAAUAAAGUUCUGAGACAACCAAUAUAUUCUGAGACUUUUUGCAUGAAAGAAUACAAAGCAUUAUCUGUGUGAAGAGCAAUGUGAAAGACCUGAUGACCUGAGUAUUUCAAAUAAGGAUAUACAGUAUGUGUCUUCAGAAAUAAUAGCAGUAUAAAAGCUGAAAAGGUGGUGCUGUUCUGUAUUAUAUAGCACUUUUAGCAUGAUGGCCGCAAAUUAAUAAGUCAAAUACAAUUUACUUUAUGGCUAAUGUUAGUAUCCACUUCCCAUGCAUUUAAUGUGCUUUUAUAGUUAAGAAUGCAAAUUACAGACAAACCAAAAUAAGCUACGAUAAAAACCAAAACAUUUAGAACAUAUAUAAUUUAUAUUACUUUUAUUUUCUCAACUGAGAUCUUGAUACUUUCUGAAUAAUUGAUUUCCUAAGGACCUGCAAAUCUUAUUUAUGUCUUCUAAAGCAGCAACUCAUUCAGGCUAACUGAAGAAGCUGUUUUUCUUUUUUAGGUUAAUAAGAAUGAUUGAACAUGAAUAAAAACAUAAAAACUAUCUAACAAGUCUAAAUAUUAAUCAAUUUGUGAAAUUCCUUGCUUACAACCAAAAUUAUUGGUUUGUUACAAGUCUGUAUUGCAAAACGGUUUUUAUCCCACAGGAGUCUAACUUUGCCACCACAAUGUGUGCACAACGACUUUGUAUUCAUAUUUUUUUAUAUUCAUAUAAAAGAAGAGUGACCAUAGAAGCAAAGAUAAGUAACCCUAAUACAUUUUUUUUAUCAUUUAAGAAAACUAUUAGUCUAAGAUAAAUGACAGAAAUUAUCAUUACUUGCCACAGUAAUAUAAGCAUUUUCAUAGAAGUUAUGAUAUACAGCAUUUAUGAAAUAUAGAUUAUAUAUCAGCAUUAUUUAUAUUAAAUUGUAAGAGGCCCAAUGUGGGUUUGUACCAAUCCUCUGAUGAAUAAAACCUGGAGAUCAUCAUUA